GUGAUCCUUUGUUUUCAAAACACUAAAACAGAACGGAACUCUGAUCUGACUUUUAAUUUUCUCACAAAAUAUUAAUUAUGUUAACUUAACUAGUACAAUCUUUCGAGAAAAUAUGAUAAGACCCGUAUCAUCUCUACAUGAUUAAACAAUAUAUGAACAUUUGUUAAAUUCAUUUCAAAAAUGGAUUUCAAACCAUCUUAUUGCCCUAAUUAUUUUUCUAUAGAUGAUAUUUUAGCCACACAGGAAAGAGUUCCUUGUAAAUUCUCAACUAAUGUCCCAAAACUCGGUAAUUUGAACCCAUCGUCUGAAGAAAAGGAUUUGAAGGCUGGUACAGCUUUAGAACUACCUUUAUGGUUUGUACAGGAUAUCUCCGGUGGAAGACAGUCUGUAGUUAUUCCAGAUUUACCUAAAUGUUAUAAAGAAGGAUAUCGUCAAAUAUUGAAAGCUGAUGCUAAUGCCGUGGAUUUACAUAAAUUCAAUUUAUAUUUUUAUGAACUAGGAGCCUAUGUUAAGAGUUUUGAUAGAAGGAAAGAUGUUUCAGAUACUCUUUUGAAUACUUUCACAGCUAGAUUCAGACAGUUGAUGGAUUUAGCUGAAAAUACAGAGCAUAAUCCAGUUGCAUUCCAAAGAUUAGAUACCUUAGAGAGGAGAUUAUUCAAAGAUGCCUGUGAAGCCAAAACCAAAUUGAAUGCUUGGCUGGAACAUUCAGUAACCCCAAUAGAAACUGCUGCUAUGGUAUCAAAUCAUAAAAAGAGAAAAAGGGUUAACAUUGAAGAUAUAUUGUGAUUUUUUUCAUUCAAAAUAAUAACUUAUUUCACAGUU